AUGCUGUCAUCUCAGCUGAUUCAUAUCUUCAUGGCAGCAGUUGUCCUGCUGGUACCAGGUGAUGCUCAGUCAACAUGUCCGGGAGCUAUAGGUCCUCAAGGUCCUCCUGGAAGUAAUGGGCUCCCUGGUAUGCCAGGGCAAAGGGGCAUACAAGGCGAGAAGGGAGAUCAUGGGCCAGCAGGUCUGCCUGCAUCUCAGGAUGCUAAAUUACAACAUGACCUCAAGGAACUCAAAUGGAGAAUCACCAGAAUGGAAAGCGCCUUGGCUUUGAAUGGAAAGAUUGUAAUAGCUGGCAGCAAACUGUUUGCCACUACUGAGAGGACCGCUGAUUUUGACAAUACAGUAAGAAUAUGCAAAGCGGCUCAUGGCAGUAUUGCCUCUCCAACAAAUAAAGAGGAGAAUGAUGCUGUUAUGAGCUUUGUUAAAGAGUUUAACACAUAUGCUUACCUAGGCAUUACUGAGGGGCAUGUUCCUGGGGAAUUCCAGCUCAUGAAUGGGAAACCCCUGAGAUUUAUAAACUGGUAUAAAAAUGAGCCUCAGGGCAAAGGGGCAGAGAAAUGUGUUGAAAUGUACGGUGAUGGCACCUGGAAUGACAAAGCAUGUGAUAAAUACCGCCUCAUUGUCUGCGAAUUUUAA